UGAUUUGAUUUGGCUCGCGGCGACAGGAUCUUAUGUUCUUGUUCGGGUUUCCGUGUUGUUAUACUUAAAUGUACAACGGCAUUUAAAGAUGGCGUCUACUUUUAAUUAUUGCAUACGAAGAGUGCCUAAGUUAUUAAAAAAAAGUGUGUUAUUGAAAGGAAGAAGAUGCUUAACUCAACUGGAUCCAAAUAUUUCAAAAAAACUUUUAGAAAGACCAAAGUUACCUGGAAUUUUAGCUGAGUACACUGGACAUGUAAUGUAUCCAGAUGAAGAUACAGCAAAGUGGGAUGAAGAAGAAUUUGAGGUUGAAAAGCUGGUUACUAAUAUGACAUUAAACUUUGGUCCUCAACAUCCAGCUGCUCAUGGUGUCUUAAGGCUUGUUUUGGAACUAAGUGGAGAGGUAGUUGAAAGAGCUGAUCCCCAUAUUGGGUUACUUCACAGAGGUACAGAAAAACUGAUAGAAUAUAAAACCUAUUUGCAGGCUUUACCAUAUUUUGAUCGUUUGGAUUAUGUUUCCAUGAUGACAAAUGAACAGGUUUACUCUUUAGCAGUUGAAAAACUUCUAAAUAUACAAAUCCCAGAAAGAGCUAAAUGGAUUAGAGUCAUGUUUGCUGAAAUAACUCGAAUUAUGAAUCACAUAAUGGGAAUCACAACACAUGCUCUGGAUGUAGGUGCAAUGACUCCUUUCUUCUGGAUGUUUGAAGAGAGAGAAAAACUUAUGGAGUUUUAUGAAAGAGCAUCAGGUGCACGAUUACAUGCAGCUUAUGUUCGUCCUGGAGGAGUUGCAUUGGAUAUACCAAUUGGUCUAUUAGAUGAUAUAUGGCAUUUCAUGUCAAAAUUUGGUCAACGCAUUGAUGAACUUGAGGAAAUGCUAACACAUAAUCGUAUUUGGAAGCAACGGUUAGUGGAUAUUGGUGUUGUGAGCACCGAAAAUGCUCUUUCAUAUGGAAUGUCUGGCGUUAUGUUGCGAGGUUCCGGCUUUAAAUGGGAUCUUCGUAAAUCUCAACCAUAUGAUGCAUAUGAUAAAGUGGAGUUUGAUGUGCCAAUUGGUAAAAAUGGGGACUGCUACGAUAGGUACUUAUGUCGUGUUGAAGAAAUGCGUCAAAGUGUGCGUAUCGUUGAGCAGUGCUUAAACAAAAUGCCUCCAGGUGAAGUUCGUAUUGAUGAUGCUAAAAUUUCUCCGCCUAAAAGAGCUGAAAUGAAGGAGUCAAUGGAAGCUCUUAUUCAUCAUUUUAAACUAUACACUGAAGGUUAUUCUGUUCCUCCUGGAGAAACAUACACUGCUAUUGAAGCUCCCAAGGGCGAAAUGGGUGUGUAUUUAGUUUCAGAUGGUUCCAACAAACCAUACAGGUGCAAAAUAAGAGCACCUGGUUUUUAUCAUUUAGCAAGCAUUGAUUAUAUGUCUAAAGGCCAUAUGUUAGCAGAUGUUGUUGCUAUCAUCGGAACCCAAGAUAUCGUAUUUGGUGAAGUGGACAGAUAGUUGUAACGAAUCAUUAAAGUUUGGGAACUUUAAGAAAUUUCAGUUUGUUAAUUUGUUUUUUCUGAACAUUUUUUAAAAUUAAUUUGUAAAAUAAACUCAAAACCUUACUAACAGCAAAUAUUUUUUAUUUGUUAAAAAAAUGACUUUUAAAUAUA